GUGGGUGUUGCAAAGGAGGAGGUGGAGUGAAAGAGAGCAAGAGAGUGAGCUUCAGAGAGAAUAAGUGAGAGGGACGACAAGGACAAGCAGAGAACCAGAAGCUGGAAUUAAAGACACAGAAGAAAAGAGGAGCAGCGUGUGAGAACAGCAGCCUAUUAGAAAAUCAGCUAUAAGCAAAUAGAGGAGGGGAGUUGGUGUGUACGUGGAGUGCUUCAUUGCCUGUGGCUCUGUCUGUGAUCCACGGUUCUCCUGAGGCCGUGGCAACCAUGGCGUCAGAGCCAAGCACCCAGUCCAGGGUGGUGUUCCAGGCGCCGGACAAGACUGAAGACCCUGCAAACCGUAAGCUGGGCAAACUGACAGUGAAGUACAACCGCAAGGACCUGCAGAGAAGGCUGGAUAUUGAGGAGUGGAUCGAUGGGCAGCUGCACCUGCUGUUUGACUGUGAGGAGGAGGAGAUUCCAGAGAUAGAAAUUGACAUAGAUGAACUUCUAGAAUUGCCCGAUGAAGGACAAAGAACUCGUCUUCAGGAGCUAUUGCAAGAAUGCGGAAAGCCAAAAGAGGAUUUUAUCAACGCGCUGCUCUACAGGAUAAAAGGCCUAAGGAAAAUGUCAGGCCCCUUGAAGAAAUAAUUAUAGGUCAAGUUAAGAAUCAAGAUGGGGAGCGUCUUCUUCCCGAAGGGUUAACUGUUUGAAUGCCUGUAAGAGAGAAUGACACAUCAGUGAGAGCUUACCUGUCUCCCUCCCCCCAGACUGGAUUUUUGUUUUUCCCAAUUUAUGGACUCUUCUAAGAUUUAAACUCCUUUUACAGUAUAUAUAAUGUAAAAGAGAUAAAACUGACACUAUUACCUAGAUGGACUCUUUUCAUGUGUGUGUAGGAGUUAAAAGUGUACAUUUUCAGUUUCUUUUUUUAUGUAAAUAGACAUUUUGUUCAGGUAACAAUGUUGUUGGAAUAAAAUGGAAGCUUUUCAAAUUAA